UGAACGGGAAGACUCAGGUGGCCUUGGAGGCGACUCAACUCUUUCUGAAGCUCUUGGAUUCCCACCGCAGGGAAGAGUUUCGGCGGCUGCUGUCUUUCAUGGCCGUGGCGGCCCACCCCGCUGAGUUCAGAUUACAGAAGGAGAGUGAAAACCGAAUGGUUGUGAAGAGGAUCUUCUCCAAAGCUCUUGUGGACAAUAAAAAUCUAUCCAAAGGCAAAACAGACCUUCUGGUUCUCUUCCUAAUGGAUCAUCAGAAAGAUGUUUUUAAGAUUCCUGGAACCCUGCAUAAAAUUGUCAGUGUCAAGCUCACGGCCAUACAGCAGGGGAGAGACCCGAACAGAGACACAGGAUAUAUUUAUUGCCAGAGAAUUGAUCAAAGUAACUAUUCCAACGAUGCACAGAAGGCAACCAGAGACGAGCUGCUGAAUUUACUAAAAACUAUUAAUGAAGAUUCAAAACUGUCUGCCAAAGAGAAGAAGAAAUUGCUAGGCCAGUUCUACAAGAGUCACCCAGACAUCUUUAUUGAGUAUUUUGGAGACUGAGUUUUUAAUGUCUGUAUAUGUUGUGUAUUUGAAGAAUAAACUGUAUCUUAAAGAUCCAAUCACAUUUGUAAGCUUGGAAAUUCUAAAUAUGAAACUGUACUUAAUAAAAUUUUUUUGUAUAUAA